UAACACCCGCCCGGCCGGGUGGCGAUAUUGUGUUCCUGCCUCGUGACUCCGACAGCGUGGCUUUCCUGACCAGGACAGCUGAUCGAGAAUAUGAGCAGAAGACUGUUGAUUCCCGUCUGGUCCUACAUGGACAACCUAAUGCCUAUGCUUCUAUCCCAGGCAGGCAACAAAAUGCCUAACAUUGAAUUUCGACAAUUGAAAAACCCUGAC